AUGAACAGCCCUGUAUUUAGCAAAAGGAAUGGCUUUAGCUCUACGAGAUCUAACUCGAAAAGAGCAAAGUCACUAUCCAAAGCUUACUCGCCUUCAUCAGAAAUUUUUAAAAAAAGCCUACCUCCGAUAAAAUGCAAUUCACAUAGCCCUUCAGACCGCCAGAGAUCUGCCAAACAAGUCUUAUGGAAUAUGAUAGAAAAAAUCAAAAGACGAAAAAUCUGUGAUGAGCCUGCUAUCAAAAUUAACAACAAACCUCUAGAAACUCAAGAUAAAUCUCCUGAAAAAAAUAAUAGGUCUAAGUCAGCACACUCAAAGCGUAAAAGGAGGAACACUUUGAGAGAGGAAUCUAAGUCUAAUAAUAAGCCGCAUUCGUUUUUAGACCUCGAAAGACUUAUGCUAUUUAAUGCUUAUGAAACUUUGAUAUAAUUUUCUAAUUCUUAUUUCUAUAGAAAAUAAUUUAUCCUGUUAGUAAGAUACAAUGAGCGUCUAAUAAACAAAUAUAUUCGUAUUUUCGAUAAUCAGAUAUAGCCUGGGCAUUCUUUUGGCCUGGGUUUCCCGAUUUUCCUUAUGGGAAAGAGGAGUUGGUUUGACCAACUCCCAAGUGACAGAGCUACAUGAUGCAGGGUUUCAGCCAUUUGGGAAUUGGCCAAACCAGCAUUAGUUGGUUUCACUAGCUCCCUCUUUCCCGUCAGGAAAUAGGGAAACCUAAGCCAAAAGAAGGCUCAGGCGAUACAUGUUUUAGGCUAUUCUUUGUCUUAUUUUUAUAAAUUUUAAAAUCCAGCUUACAGUUAUAAUCUUGCUAUCAAUUCAAAAUAAGCAUAAAAAGAUACAAAGAUCAAAAACUCCUAGCAUGGAGACAAAACUGCUACAUGUAGACACCUGUGGUGAUAUGAAUAUAAUCCUCACUCCUCCAAAUGAAGAGGUAGACGAACGGGAUACGAGCCCAUUUUCUGAAUAUGUAGAUAAAGAACUGGACAGGUACAUAAAUUCCACAGAAAACACAGCUUCGCAAAAACGCUUGUCUUUUAAGAAAAUCCCAGUACCAGAUUUUACGAGCUCAGGUGAGGAAUCAAAUGGAGAGCAUACCCCUACAAAGAGUAGAGGCUUUGUGAGAAAGUUUUUAAGCGUUGAAAAACCUGAUCCAAAUGCCCAAUCUAAAACUUGGAAUUUGAGCGAAACGCGGCUUUCAAGAAUUAAAAAAUCGAUAAUUACUAAUGACAAAAGUCAACAAUAA